UCCAUAUAGACCGUAUGCAUGCUUUGCUUUUGGGCUAAUCACUGAACCGUAUGCCAGCGGCGUUUAUAUCAAGAUUUAUCAAGGAAAUAACAUUAUUUUUGAAAAUCUAACAAGAUGAACAGCUACACUACCCUGCCAGAUUAUGUUGAGCGCAAAGGAUCAUUAUUCUUGCGAUCCAAUCACAUGGAUUAUAGCCGUCCAACUCUAAAUUCUAAUUGGCAUCAAGCGAGAGAAGCCGAACCAAAAGAUUAUGACAUUAACGGUUUUGAGACCCUUCAAGACAGGAAACUACAUAACACAACUUACCGAAGAAUUGGUGAUGUCACUGAUGGGUCCUUUCCAUUGACCACAACACAAGACCAUCUGGAGCAAGCAAAUUUAAAGAAAGACUUUGAAGAAAAGGAGCCAAGAAAGACAAUGGUCAAUAUUGACACUAUCGCACAUGUAGAUUUAGAUAGAGAUACAGGCAAACCUAAGACAGGGUUUGGAUCAGUUUUACCCAGACACAACCCAGAACAUGACAAGCGCCACCUAGAGACGACAAACCGCGCAGACUACAAACCUCCCUAUCCGUACACAGCAGCACCUGAGCAAUUGCCGGAUUUCGCGGACAACUCCAACGCCUACCGAAAGUGCCACAGCCAGUUCACGGACACGGCGGACUACAGGCACUUUGGCCGAAACACAUACAAGGACGAGAGCGGGAUCUAUGCAAACACGCAGCUGAAGAGGAACAUUUACCAGACCACCAACACCAUCCCCAAAGUCUUAGAAUGAUGAUGGUGAUGAUGGUUGUUCAGUAGACUGGACUUAUAAUCUAUUUAUUUUCAAAUGAGAUUCUACAUGAUGCUGAGAACUAUUGGACAUCGACUUUGCUUACCGUAUACUAAUUCAGCUUGCAUUGUCUCAUACUCAAGAGGAUAAUGACGACAUUUGCCAUUGUUGAUUUUAUGUUAUCUAUUCAUAUUUUUUCCUUCAAAAAAUGAAAUUCAAAUGGGUGUCUUCUAUUACAGACACUGGAUGCUGUAAAUGAUCAUCAUCAAGUUUGCUCUUUUUUGACUAAAACACACGAAAAUCAUCUAAAAUUCCUGAAGUGUUCUAACUUUAAGGAAUGCUACAAUUAUUGGACUCUGAUUUCUUGACAAUCAUUUCAAUUUUCUUCUAUGAUAUGAACAGUUUGAACACAAUUCCCAAAAUCUUAGAAUGGUCAUGAUUUUAUUGCAGUAGACUGUACUUCAUCUAUACACUUCCAAAGAUAGUUUCAAAUGCAGCAUUUAGAGGGUUUGAAUGCACUGAAAGUUUUCUGAUUGUGAAGUUUUCAUGUAUUUUCCUUCCAUGCAAGAUCCGUCCAAAUUCUGUUCCAUCAUGCCAUAAUCCCAAAAUGGUAAUGGGAUGAUUAAGAAGCAAGUGUCUGAAUGUCAGUAUGCUGCAUUUGUAUUAUGUUUCAAGUUGAAUUAUAGUUUUACUCAUGGAAAAGUCUGAACACUCUAGCUAUUGGGCAAAAGAUUAGCUUAUCAAAUUGCAUGUGUUUCGACAAAUAUGUAUUCAAGCUAUUAAUUGGACAGAGUCUAAUUCUUACAAAAGUUGUUAGACAAUCAAUGCACAAAAUAUAAAGCCUUCAAUACAAUAUGUGACUUAACCAACAAAGCCUUUUCAUCUUAUUGCUCAUUGAAGUAAUGAUUUAAAGAAAAAACUAUGCAUUAUCUUUGCAAGAAGAUCAAUAUUGGUG